UGUUCUUGUGCGAAAUCGGCCACAUCCCUAAAGCAGUUCACGGUCUCAAGACACCACGCUCGAGCGCGAACUUGGCAGAUACAGCCCGCCGAGUCAUGAUUAUCAGGUUUCACAACCCUGACUUGGUUUCCUCCGAAAAUGUCAUGUUCGCACACUGCAAGUCCCUCGAAAUCACGUACUCCUCAAGCGGAUCGACACUACUGCUGUCGAGUACCACUGCCUCCGAGGAUUACACCGAGUUCGUCGAGCAUGGGACAAUGGUGCUGCCAUGGUACAUGAGUAACAAGACCAUCAUCGGUAACUACAACAACCCGACGGCUCGCCGCAGCGUACACGCCCAGGAAAGCGCUCACAAAAGUCGGGUUCUCCCCACCAAGUUCGUCCACAUCUAUCAGGAGAUCGAGCUGACGCCAUCGCGAACAAGGGGUGCUUGCUUGUUCAUGCGUUAUAUGAGCGUGCUGAGUGGUCAUGUUCACUCCGGGGGUGUCGCGUUGGCCGUCCGUCAAUCCAGUCUAUCCGAGUCCGCGAUGGCGCGGAGCCUUUACUUGAUCACACAUGGACAAGGUGGCGAGUUUCAACAAGCACAUCCACGAGGUCUAGUGGGUGGCCCUGUUGAGGACCGCCGGUUGCGAAUGCCCUCUGUUCAGUCCGACAUCCUCCGCCGGCGUCGGCAGCCACGUCACUCAGCCAGAUCCUGUAGCUAUUCUUAUUGUCUCGGAAGGGCGGAGGAGCUCUUCGGUGACUUGCCAGACGUCAUGGUGAAGAGCCUCUUUCUCUCUGAUAAGGCACAUUCUGUUCGCGCUGUAUCCAGCCGGGCUGUCACCAGCUACCUGCCACAAGCCAACAGUGAGAAUGUCCCUGUAGCAGUGUCUGGUGACCGGGACGAGGUCGGAUUUGUUCGGCCCUCAGUCGGGCGUAUACUUCAAGUAUCAACUGCGCUCGGUGCCAGUCGAGCUAUGGUUCCUACUGGAUGUCGCAGGCAUACGGUGUCGCCGCUCUCGCUCAUUGGAGUAUCGCGAUCGCCGCAUCUAGAAUAUAACUUACGGCGAUCGAACUCAUACAUCCGUGGUGCUGAAAUUCGUCUCCCAGCCCCUGCGGAUGUAGGGUUCAGAGACUUUCAAAAUUAUAACGCCGACCCUGGUGUUGCUCAGGCAAUCCGGUUCCGCAUUAGUAACAGAGGAAACAUCAACAGGAACGAGUGCACGUCAAGUUCCAAGCGCUUUGGAUUGAACCUCGCCAACGAUCAUACCGUAUGGACAGAUUUGGGCGAGUUUGACUGCAGACAUCAGGGAGAAGAAUCAGAUGUUGCAGUGAAAGCGCUCGCAGACCGUAUCUUCGCCCGUUACUGCAAAAUCUUUGCAAAGACUUGUACCGACAGCCGUGCGAAAGAGACAAUGACUCUGCCGGGCAAGCCGACAUCGUCGGAAGACGUCUGGAAGAAAGGCCAGCGGAAUAAAAAUGAGAAAAGGCAGAAGGAGAAGAAGAGACCCGAUGACAGCAAGAGGAGCCGGCCUAGCGGUUGUUUCAUUGGGCCAUCGACAAAGUCGGGCUCGGCGAACUUGCGAACGGGGUGUGACUGCGGUGGUACACUGUCAGGCGGGCCUGCCAUCCGAUCUACUCUCCUGUUGAUUGAGUCGGGUGAUGAAGUGGAUAUCCUUGACUUCAGAUUUCGCUGUAGGGGGGCGUUCUGGAUGGCACAAACCAAGGCUCAUCGACGGGCCUAUCACAACCAGCACGAGGGCCUCUCGGAUCAAGUGGCUUGCCCCUACGCAGCGCGCCUUAAGGUCGCUGGAAUGGAGAGCCUGAAUCCAUACGACAACAUCUCUGCCCGUAACCACACUGAGUUCAUCGGGAGAAUAUCAUCGACGCUUACGUGGAGUAUUUGUUGUCUUUCCGGCAGGACAAGCACGGUCUCUACCAACUUAGAUCAAGCCCGCCGAUAUGGAACGGGCCGCACUCCUCGUGUGCAGGUGGCAUCAGGGUAUCAACAACUUGAUUGGCAUCUUAGGAAACGAGUGCGGGCGAGUGUAUGGGUAUGA